AUGGCUUUCCAUAUACCAUUCCACCCAGAUGAUAGGCACUCCCUUCCCCAGGCAGUCAGCCUGCUACCUGAGUCAGUCUUUGUGUCUCGAGUUACUGGCUGCAUUGCCCCCACCCCAAAGAAGCCUCUUCUCUCAGACUUUUUCCAAGGGGCAGACCUGGGCUCAGCCCCUGAUUCUGCUACCAGCUCUGUUGUGAGUAUAAAUUCUGGCAGCCCUGGGAGACCCCCAACUCCCCCUCUCAAAGUACUCCAUGUCUGGUUUUCCUGCCUCUUUCAAAUCUGUCCAGAUGUCACCUCUCCUAGGAGGUCUUCCCUGACCACCUGUUCUAAAUUAGCCAGCCUCACACAUGACCCCCCCACCACCACUUUCCCCCAUCCUGACCGCCCAUCUCCUUAG